AUGUCUAAGACUGCCGCCCAGGAAGAAUUUGACGACUUCCUUGCUAAGAAUAGUGCCGACCCAGACGACAACGUCCACCCUGAGGACAGAGAAGACGCCGCCUACGAGCGAGAGCUACACGCCAGAGACAACAGUGACGACGAGGAGGAACAGUACCGUGCCUCAAAGAUCGACGCCGCCAUGCGUAUGCCAGGAAAUGACCGCCCGGUGCAGCUGCCGCCCGCCAGCUUCGAUGCGGGGCGCGCGACGGGCGUAAAGGGUGUUAUUGCCGACGCGCGCAGCUUCGAGAAGGCCAAGAAGUCCUCCAAAUGGGGCGAGAAGAUGCGCAACGCCAGGAGGAGCGUCAUCGGCCUGACCUCCAUGAAGAUGACCAGCGACUCCAAGAGCAGUGACUCUGAAGAGCACAGCGGCGAUGAGGACGAGGAGCAAUUCCUUCGGCAGUGGCGCGAGUCCAGACGGCGCGAGCUCGAGGCUGAGGACCGCUCGAGGGUGCGGAACCGGAGGACCAGCCCCAGCUCUCGGAACUAUGGUCGCUUCGAGAAGGUUGACGCCAUGGGCUACCUGGAUGCUAUCGAGAAGGUGUCCAGAGACACCACCGUCGUCGUCUUCGUCUACGACCCAGAGUCUGAGGUCUGCUCCCUGAUCGAGUCUGCACUGGGACCACUGGUCUCGCAGAACCCAAACACGCGCUUUGUCAAGGUUCACUACGAGGAAAUCGAAUUUGACAGCGCCGGUGUUCCCGCCGUGCUCGCAUACCGCAACCAGGGCGACCUGUUUGCCAACCUGACGGCCUUGAUCGACAUGAUUCCUGAGGAUGAUGACUUCGAUACCAGCUCGCUCAAGAAGCUGUUUCUGCGCCACGGCAUCAUCUGA